AGUCCUAUAUAUAGGGAUGAAUGAAUCCACCAUGCAAGGAUAGUUUUCUCAUUUCUCUAAAAGCCUACUUUGUUUUCUUCUUCUUGUGAGAGAGAGAGAGAAUGGGUAGAGGCAGAGCCCCGUGUUGCGAUAAGACGAAGGUGAGGACCGGUCCAUGGAGCCCGGCUGAGGAUUUGAGGCUUAUGAAUUUCAUUGGGAAACACGGCCACAGUAACUGGCGCGCUCUCCCUAAACAAGCCGGUAAUCAUCCUCGUCUCCAUCCCCAUCCUCGUCCUCAUGAUCAUAUAUUCAUAAAUAUUUUACUUAGAGGUCUAUUGCGAUGUGGAAAGAGCUGCCGAUUGAGGUGGAUUAAUUACCUAAGACCUGACGUCAAACGAGGCAACUUCACACCAGAUGAAGAAAAUACAAUCAUCCAACUCCAUAAUUCUAUUGGAAACAAGUGGUCCAAGAUCGCGUCUUGUCUGCCGGGAAGAACAGACAACGAGAUAAAGAACGUGUGGAACACGCACUUAAAGAAAAGAGCCGAUAAGAAAACCGAUGAUCAGGAAAAUUCCAUCACCACCGCCGCCGCCACCACCAAACUACCUCCACUCUCCAAAGAGUCUCCAUCAUCUUCUUGUAUGUCCGAUCCGAAACAACCGGAAACGGGCGGAGGAGACGACGACCUCUGGCACGUGCUGGACUCACUGGACCCCAUACAAUUACACCCCACCAAAGAGGAUGGUGGAGGGAAUGAGCUUGUCCAAGAAGUAGAAAUUGGGAAGUGGUUGAGAAUCUUGGAGAAUGAACUUGGACUAGCUGCUCAUCAACCUGAAUCUGCAACUGAUCUUGGAAUCUACAACUCAACCUAUCUACCAAAUUUGGACAGUUUCACUUUUUAACGACAUUUCUCCUUUGUUUUGGUUGCGCCAAUUUCCAACCAACGCAAGUUCAAAUUUUAGUCUUUUUUCUAAAACUAGUUAGGUGACAUACUAUUUAGUUUCAUCAAAUUUGUAUCCAAUUCUAAUUUGAUGAUGUGAUGAUAUUGAAAUGAAAUUUAAAGUA